AAACUGAUAAGAAUACGCUGCCCGUAACUGUUUUCUUUGACUUUUUCGGAAAAUUUUAUUUUGAAACUGGUCACAUUUUUUGUUACAACUUCUACAAUUUAAAUAUUUUUAUUUAACUAUUAAAUGGGUCCGCCGCCAAAACUUCGAAACUUCGACCAUCAAAUGGAACCAUACUCAGAUGUGGUGCUGGUAGCUAGUCAGGAAUGGUUCCACGUUUCAAAAGCGAUCCUUUGCGAUCACUCCCCAUACUUCCGAUGUCUGCUCAGUAACUUUCCAAGAAUCGAUGAAAAGCCGGUUCAUCUGUUGAAGGGCGUAAAUCCUGCCGAUUUUCAAAAGUUCUUGGAGGUGCUCCAUGGGGAGCCGGCGAUUUUUGAAUGCACAAUCUACCAAAUCCUACUCCUAGCCGUCAAAUUUCAAACCUACACUGUCAUCAAAAAAUGCGAAAAAUUCCUGAUUCACACUUCAAUGGCAAAACUGGAAACAAAACUUGCUCUAGCUCAGAAGUAUGACCUAACAGAGCUUCAGACACAUUGCAACGAGGAGUUUCAGGCAGCUUUUCCUGUUCGGGAGCCAGAAAUUCAAAGAAAACCUGCGAUUUAUAGAAAUAAGUUCACUUUCAAGUACACAUUUGAAAAAUUUGAUGAAGAUUGCGUGGGUGGUUACAAUGUUCAGCUAGGUUUUUUAUGGUCCCUCAACAUCCACCGGAAAAACGACCAUCUCCGGAUAAGCCUCUGCUGCGAUAAACCUGAACCAACUCCGUACUGGGAAGUCCGCGCGGAUUUCCAACUAGUGCUCCCCGGACAAGAUGAAGCUCCAGUGACCAAAGGAUACUUCAGAAAUAUCGACGAAGAGCUCAAGUGCGAGGAGCUCGGGCGGGAAAUUGAAUGGGAAGAGAUAGCGGACAAGUACCCGGUUGAUGGAUAUUUGACGAUUGAGGCACGGGUUAAUGUGAUUUGGAUUAAGGAAGUUGAGAAGAAGCCUGAGAUAAAAGUGGAGAAAAAGUCGAAGUUGAUAACUGCGAUGAAAAAGCUAUUGACCGUUGGGAAAUAAAUUUUUUAUUCAAAAA